AUCUGACGAGCGGCCAUUCAUCAGGCCGGCUGGCCUAUCAAUGACAUUGCUCCCAUCGGGGCUCCUAUAAAAUGAUGCUUUUUCCCAUGAAACAUCCGCAAACAUUUUGACGGGUUUGGCUCGGCCCGGCUGGACUACCGAGGGUCCCCUCGCCCGCUCGCACGCUCCUCCUCGCUCCCUCUUCCCCGCGCUCCCCCUUCGCUCCUCUUUUUCUUCCUCCGCUUUCUCUUUCUUUCAUCUCCUGUCUUCCUUUAUCCUUUGGCCCUCGCCCUCUGCGUCCCCUCUCCUUCUCCCUCCCUCUGUCCCUUCCUACCUGGGCAUCUCUAGCACAGGGGAUCCCCAAACAUCAGGACUUUUGGGGGGCGCCUGUGCUGUCCAUGGGAAGAGCAUGCAUUGUGGGUUACUGGAGGAACCCGACAUGGAUUCCACAGAGAGCUGGAUUGAAAGAUGUCUCAACGAAAGUGAAAACAAACGUUAUUCCAGCCACACAUCUCUGGGGAAUGUUUCUAAUGAUGAAAAUGAGGAAAAAGAAAAUAAUAGAGCCUCCAAGCCCCACUCCACUCCUGCUACCCUGCAAUGGCUGGAGGAGAACUACGAGAUUGCUGAAGGGGUCUGCAUUCCUCGGAGUGCCCUCUACAUGCAUUAUCUGGACUUCUGCGAGAAGAACGACACGCAGCCUGUCAAUGCUGCCAGCUUCGGGAAGAUCAUACGGCAGCAGUUUCCUCAGUUAACAACCAGAAGACUCGGGACCCGAGGACAGUCAAAGUACCAUUACUACGGCAUUGCAGUGAAGGAAAGCUCCCAAUAUUAUGACGUGAUGUAUUCCAAGAAAGGAGCCGCCUGGGUGAGCGAAACAGGCAAGAAAGAAGUCAGCAAACAGACAGUGGCAUAUUCACCCCGGUCCAAACUUGGAACGUUGCUGCCAGAGUUUCCAAAUGUCAAAGAUCUAAAUCUGCCAGCCAGUCUGCCCGAGGAGAAGGUGUCUACCUUCAUUAUGAUGUACAGAACACACUGUCAGAGAAUCCUGGACACUGUAAUCAGAGCCAACUUUGAUGAGGUUCAAAGUUUUCUUCUGCACUUUUGGCAAGGGAUGCCGCCCCACAUGCUGCCCGUGCUGGGCUCCUCCACGGUGGUGAACAUCGUUGGCGUGUGUGACUCCAUUCUCUACAAAGCUAUCUCGGGGGUGCUGAUGCCCACGGUGCUGCAGGCAUUACCUGACAGCUUAACUCAGGUGAUCCGGAAGUUUGCCAAGCAGUUGGACGAGUGGCUGAAAGUGGCUCUCCAUGACCUCCCAGAAAAUCUGCGGAACAUCAAGUUUGAGUUGUCGAGAAGGUUCUCCCAAAUUCUGAGACGGCAAACAUCAUUAAAUCAUCUUUGCCAGGCAUCUCGAACGGUGAUCCACAGUGCAGAUAUCACGUUCCAAAUGCUCGAAGACUGGAGGAACGUGGACCUUAACAGCAUCACCAAGCAGACCCUUUAUACCAUGGAAGACUCUCGAGAUGAACACCGGAAACUCAUCAUCCAGUUGUAUCAGGAGUUUGACCAUCUCUUGGAGGAGCAGUCUCCCAUCGAGUCCUACAUUGAGUGGCUGGAUACCAUGGUGGACCGAUGUGUUGUGAAGGUUGCUGCCAAGAGACAAGGGUCCCUGAAGAAAGUGGCCCAGCAGUUCCUCUUGAUGUGGUCCUGUUUUGGCACUAGGGUGAUCCGGGACAUGACCCUGCAUAGUGCCCCCAGCUUUGGGUCUUUUCAUCUAAUCCAUUUGAUGUUUGAUGACUACGUCCUGUACCUGUUAGAAUCCCUGCACUGCCAGGAGAGGGCCAACGAGCUCAUGAGAGCCAUGAAGGGAGAGGGAAGCACUGCAGAAGUUCGAGAAGAGAUCAUCUUGACAGAGGCAGCCCCACCAACCCCUUCACCAGUGCCAUCAUUUUCCCCAGCAAAGUCUGCCACAUCCGUGGAAGUGCCACCUCCUUCCUCCCCUGUCAGCAACCCAUCCCCUGAUUACAAUGGCCUCAGCACUACAGGAGCAAUGCAGUCAUACACGUGGUCCCUAACAUACACAGUGACAACGGCUGCUGGGUCCCCAGCCGAGAACUCCCAACAGCUGCCCUGUAUGAGGAGUACUCAUGUGCCUUCUUCCUCCGUCACACACAGGAUACCAGUGUAUCCCCACAGAGAGGAGCAUGGAUACACAGGAAGCUAUAACUAUGGGAGCUAUGGCAACCAGCAUCCUCAUCCAAUGCAGGGCCAGUAUCCAGCCCUGCCUCACGACACUGCCAUCUCGGGGCCGCUCCACUACUCCCCUUACCACAGGAGCUCUGCACAGUACCCUUUCAAUAGCCCCACUUCCCGGAUGGAACCUUGUUUGAUGAGCAGUACUCCCAGACUGCAUCCUACCCCAGUCACUCCCCGAUGGCCAGAGGUGCCCACAGCCAACACGUGCUACACAAGCCCGUCUGUGCAUUCGACGAGGUACGGAAACUCUAGUGACAUGUACACACCCCUGACCACGCGCAGGAAUUCUGAAUACGAGCACAUGCAACACUUUCCUGGCUUUGCUUACAUCAACGGAGAGGCCUCCACAGGAUGGGCCAAGUGACUGCUAUCAUAGGAAUCCAUAUUUAAUAUUAAUAAUUAUUAUUAUUAAUGAUAAUAAACCCAACACCCACCCCCAGAAGACUUUUAUCUCUACACAUUGUAACUCAUGGACUAUUCCUAGGUGUCUGUUUUCCUAAGUGAACGAACAUGAAGCUGGGAUUCAAUGUGGGACAAAUAGACUUUAGUUCAGAAACAGGGCUCACUAAAAGUCAAGUGAUUGGGUUCCAUCAGCCAAGCCAGACUUGCCUGUUUCUACAGAGCACUAUCUUGGGCAGGCCACUCUGUGUCUUUUCCCUCUGUUCCAUGACUUUGCUUUGUGUUGGCAACCCCUGCCAGUAAGCUACUUAUUUUCCUGUUGACAAAGGCUUUUUAGUCUUGAAGGAUGGAUAAUGGAGACAGAAUCUGGUUUGUGUUCUUGGAUGGGCACAUAAUUUACCAAGAACAUUCACCUUGCCAUCUGUCUGUCACCUUACUGUACAAUGAACAACCUUCAGACAUGUUCAAUGCCUCCCUUCUCCCUGGUGGUAUCAUCAGUGCUUCCUGGAACAGCAGGGAUAAAUGGAGAUGUUGGGAAGUGCCAGAUCCCCUGUUCCACUCGCGUCUGUCACAGUACCUGCAUUGUCUUCUAUUGUAAGCACUGUCUCGAGAGAAGGAAGAGGCCUGUUCUGUAUUGCCUUAAGUUGAUUGAGGUUUAGAGGGGACCGUUCCUCUCCCUACAUGCAUUUUUCCUAAGUUUGCACAAUGGCUAGUGUCAGCAAAAGGCAGGAGAGGGGUUUCUGAAGUUCUGUGAGAAUGUGGAUAUAUGGCAUUAAGCAUCACACUCAGCUUUGUUAUAUUAACUUUGUGAAACUGAAUGGACCAAACUUUAACUUGUCAAGCACCAAGUGUGAAAAAGACUUUCACGGUCCCUUCAUAAGGCUAUAAUAAUUUCCGACACUUUGAUAGAAAAAAAAAAAAAUCAAAGCUGUGCCUUUGAGCCUAUACUAUACUGUGUAUGUGUGGAAAUAAAAAUGUAUUGUACUUUUGGAAAAUUUUUUCGUAGGCAUUUUUCUGUCAGAUUUGUAGCAAUUUGUGAGGUUUGUUAGAGAUUAACAUAGGUUUUCUUUCUGUAUAAAAUGCACCAGACAAUUAUGGUGGACUUAUUACCCUAUGGGUAAGAAAUAAAUGGAAAUAUGUCAUCGGAUGUUUUAGCGAUUGUUCUGUAAAUAAAAUCUUUGAUCGCACCACUCAGUGUGAUAAUCAUGUCUACAGCUAAAAUGGAAAUAGUUUUAUCUGUACAGUUGUGCAAGAUAUGAAUGGUUUCACACUCAAAUAAAAAGGUAUUGAAA